CCCUCACCUAUUCUUAUGUUUUUUUAAUCACCCCCCAUUAUUUUUCUGUCCAUCGUUCCUUUUUUGGUUUUUCUCAUCUCUGAAGGAGAUUGAUUGAUGUUCACUCACAGUUUAGAGACACCACACCAUCCUCUACCUCACCUGAACAAGAAGAACUAGUCCACACACACUCAUAUUCUGAGAUUUCAAGACCCAAAUCUACUUCUUUGAACCAUUCUUUUUAGAAUUAUUCCAAUCAAAACGGCUCGUACAAACUCUCUUUCUUCUUCUUCUCUCUCUAUAUAUUUAUAUAUACAGAAUUUGAAAUGCAGCGAAGUCUGCGAUUUUUCUGGGUAUUUGAACCGGUCGGAGAAUCGCCGUCGAUUUGAUGGAAUCGAUGUUACUGUUGUUCUCAUUGUACGUAUCAUUUGAUGGAGUUGAGGAUUCGGUGUACUCGAUUUGUUGUUCCUUCGAAAUCGAGGUUUCGCACUAAGCUUCAAUUAGCUCUUCUUCUUUAUGAGAUUAUAUUGAUAUUUGUGUGGUUUGAGGCUGCUUAUGCAAAAUCUCAAGAACACCAGUUGCGAUUGCAAGGUGCGGAAAAGGGUGGAGAUAAUAUUAUAUCACAUUCCUGUAUUCAUGAUCAGAUACUGGAACAACGGAAGCGACCUGGUCGCAAGGUGUAUUCUGUUACCCCACAGGUUUAUGAGGGGUCUGCUACCUUGAGACCCCUUCACCGCAAGGGAAGGGCAUUGCUUGAAAUUUCCAAAUUUGCGGAACCACAAAAGGAUGCAAAGCAUCCUAUUAGGAUUUAUUUAAAUUAUGACGCUGUCGGUCACUCGGCUGAUAGAGACUGUCGAAAUAUUGGCGACAUUGUGAAGCUUGGGGAGCCUCCUGUGAGUUCUUUUCCUCGAAUGCCUUAUUGCAAUCCUCAUAGUGAUCCUCCAAUUUAUGGUGACUGCUGGUACAACUGUACUUUGGAUGAUAUAUCUGGUGAGGACAAAAGGAUUCGCCUUCGGAAGGCUCUAGAGCAAACAGCUGAAUGGUUCAGAAGAGCCUUAGCUGUUGAGCCUGUAAAAGGAAACUUGCAGUUGAGUGGAUAUUCUGCAUGUGGACAAGAUGGAGGAGUACAGCUUCCACGGGAAUAUGUAGAAGAGGGUGUUGCUGAUGCAGACUUAGUUCUUUUGGUAACUACAAGACCCACAACAGGCAACACGCUUGCAUGGGCAGUGGCAUGUGAACGUGAUCAAUGGGGUCGCGCAAUUGCUGGACAUGUUAAUGUUGCCCCUCGCCACUUGACUGCAGAAGCAGAAACCUUGCUUUCGGCUACACUCAUACAUGAGGUUAUGCAUGUUCUGGGAUUUGAUCCCCAUGCCUUUGCGCAUUUUCGAGAUGAGAGGAAAAGAAGACGUGGCCAGGUUACUGAACAAGUCGUGGAUGAGAGGCUUGGACGGAUGAUAACACGUGUGGUGCUUCCCCGUGUUGUCAUGCAUUCACGUCAUCACUACGGGGCAUUUUCUGAGAAUUUCACUGGUUUAGAGCUAGAAGAUGGGGGAGGGCGUGGCACAUCAGGAUCCCACUGGGAGAAAAGGCUUCUGAUGAAUGAGAUUAUGACGGGCUCUGUGGAUACGAGAUCAGUAGUUUCAAAAAUGACACUGGCUUUAUUAGAGGAUAGUGGGUGGUACCAAGCUAAUUAUAGUAUGGCAGACCGGCUUGAUUGGGGCCGCAACCAAGGAACUGAAUUUGUUACCUCCCCUUGCAACUUCUGGAAGGGGGCAUACCAUUGCAAUACAACACAACUAUCAGGCUGUACUUAUAACAGGGAGGCAGAGGGUUACUGCCCGAUUGUAAGUUAUAGUGGAGACCUUCCUCAAUGGGCUCGCUAUUUUCCCCAGGCUAACAAAGGUGGGCAGUCAUCAUUGGCUGAUUAUUGCACUUAUUAUGUGGCGUAUUCUGAUGGAUCAUGUACAGACACUAAUAGUGCAAGGGCACCUGACAGAAUGUUGGGUGAAGUACGAGGAAGUAGCUCAAGGUGUAUGGCCUCAUCUUUGGUACGUACUGGGUUUGUACGGGGUUCAAUGACGCAAGGAAAUGGUUGUUAUCAACACAGAUGCAUAAACAACUCACUAGAGGUUGCUGUGGAUGGCAUUUGGAAAGCAUGUCCUGAAGCUGGUGGACCAGUUCAGUUUCCCAGCUUCAAUGGUGAGCUGAUCUGCCCGGCUUACCACGAACUUUGUAGCACAGGCCCUGUUCCUGUUUCUGGACGAUGCCCUAGUUCUUGUAAUUUCAAUGGAGACUGCGUUGAUGGAAGCUGUCAUUGCUUUCUAGGGUUUCAUGGUCACGAUUGUAGUAAAAGAUCCUGCCCUAGCAAUUGUAAUGGACAUGGCCAGUGCCUUCAAAAUGGUCUUUGUGAAUGUAACAAAGGGUAUACUGGCAUUGACUGCUCUACUGCUGUUUGUGACGAACAAUGCAGCCUUCAUGGUGGGGUCUGUGAUAAUGGAGUCUGCGAGUUCCGUUGCUCUGACUACGCUGGCUACACAUGCCAGAACAGCUCCAUGCUCCUCUCCAGUCUCUCAGUUUGCAAAGAUGUGCUAAACAGUGAUGUGUCUGGGCAACAUUGUGCUCCUAGUGAAUUAAGUAUAUUGCAGCAGCUAGAGGAAGUUGUCGUGAAGCCCAACUAUCGCAGACUGUUACCAGGUGGUGCUCGGAAGUUUAUUAAUCUCUUUAGAGGCAGCUACUGUGAUGUAGCUGCUAAGCAGCUAGCAUGCUGGAUCUCGAUCCAAAAGUGUGACAAGGAUGGGGACAAUAGGCUCCGGGUGUGCCAUUCUGCAUGUCAUUCAUACAACUUAGCAUGUGGAGCGUCGCUUGACUGCUCAGACCAAACCCUUUUUAGCAAUGAGGAUGAGGGUGAGGGCCAGUGCACAGGCUCUAGCGAGAUGGAAGUGCCAUGGUUUUGAUUGCGGCGCAGCUUCCUUUGUAGUGACAAUUCCUCUAUUGAGGAAUCCUGUAAAAUAUAGGUAGCUUUAAUUUUCCCCUUAUGGCCUUGUAAUUUUUCUAGCUUCUUUUUUCCUUUCUUUUUUAUUUGGGUAGGAAAAAAUGGCUUGUGUUGUUAGAAGUAGGGCGGUUGUUCCCCAGCCCAACGGUCAUUUAAAUAUGAUUGGGUGGGGAAUGUUUUUACUGAGAUUGGUCUCUCCAAAAUGGAAGUCCAAAUGUAGAGAAAAUGAAAAUGUAUGGGAUAAAGAAAAAGGGAAAAAAAAAAAAGAAAAAAAAAGAAGAAGAAAUUGAAAGGGAGUAAAGGGUUUGUUUUGUGGCCUAAGGCCCCGAAAGAAUGAGGAAAAUCCUCUUACCAUUGUGUUCAUAAUUUUGAUUCUCGCUUUCAAUUUUAUGAUUCGGUGUUUAUAUGAAAUCAUUAUGCGAUGUUAAUUUUGCUGUUUA